UGCAGCUGCAACGCGCAGUUGCUCAGUUCGGGACGGGCAAUAUCAUCCUGUCUGUUGUUGUUGCAGGGCUGGUCGUGCUCGCGGUCGACUAUGCGUGGAUGCUGUAUCUGCAUUUUAAAAUGGUCAGUAUACAUACAAACUACUACACCAUGUUCUAGUGAGCUGACGCCUGGCAGCCCCCUGGACCACUCCCUCUCCCCAUCAUCGGCAACACCCAUCUCCUCCCGGACUGCAAACCAUGGAUCUACUUCGAGAAACUCUCCAAAGAAUACAACGCCCCGCUCAUCACCUUCUGGAUCGGCCGCAACCCCACCGUCUGGAUCUGCGAUGCCUGGUGCGCCAACGAGCUACUCGACAAGCGCGCGGGCAUCUACGCGUCGCGCCCAAGGAUGGUCGUCUUCGGCGAGCUGGGCACCGGCCAGACGAACCUGGUCACCAUGUACUACGGCGAGCGGUGGAGGCUGCACCGCAAGCUGA